CGCGCGGGGCGUGGGGCGGUGCUGGGCGGCGGAGCCGGGGCGAGCUCGACGCCGGGACUGUCCAGGGAGGCGUAGCGCAGCGCAGCGCGGCGGGAGCCGUCAGCCCGAGCAGCCGGAGCAGGAGCGCCGCCGCCGCCGUCGCCGUCCAGGGAGCGCCGCCGAGCCGGCCAUGGCGCUGUCGAUGCCGCUGAACGGACUGAAGGAGGAGGACAAAGAGCCCGUCAUCGAGCUCUUCGUCAAGGCUGGCAGUGAUGGUGAAAGCAUAGGAAACUGCCCCUUUUCGCAGAGGCUCUUCAUGAUUCUUUGGCUCAAAGGAGUUGUAUUUAGUGUCACAACCGUGGACCUGAAGAGGAAGCCUGCAGACCUGCAGAACUUGGCUCCUGGGACCCACCCACCAUUUAUAACUUUCAACAAUGAAGUCAAAACGGAUGUAAAUAAGAUUGAAGAAUUUCUCGAAGAAGUCUUAUGCCCUCCCAAGUACUUGAAGCUUUCACCAAAACACCCAGAAUCAAAUACUGCUGGAAUGGACAUCUUUGCCAAAUUCUCUGCAUAUAUCAAGAAUUCAAGGCCAGAGGCUAAUGAAGCAUUGGAGAGGGGUCUCUUGAAAACCCUACAGAAACUGGAUGAAUAUCUGAAUUCUCCCCUCCCUGAUGAAAUUGAUGAGAAUAGCAUGGAGGACAUUAAGUUUUCUACACGUAAAUUUCUGGAUGGCAAUGAAAUGACAUUAGCUGAUUGCAACCUGCUUCCCAAACUGCAUAUUGUCAAGGUGGUGGCCAAAAAAUACCGCAACUUUGAUAUUCCAAAAGGAAUGACUGGCAUCUGGAGAUACUUAACUAAUGCUUAUAGUAGGGAUGAGUUUACCAAUACCUGUCCCAGUGAUAAGGAGGUUGAAAUAGCGUAUAGUGAUGUAGCCAAAAGACUUACCAAGUAAAAUAUCACUUAUGAGAGAGAUGUCUUUGCAUCUUCCCCUAAAAAUAUGCUUUUCCUAACAGACUGCUCCUGUUCCUAUAAAGUAGAAAUUUUAUUUUGCAUGAACGUGCAGUUAUUCAAGAUUAGGGUAAAGGAUAGACAAGGUAUAGUAGCUAUCUUUAAAUAUACACUCCUAAGCAGUAUUAUGUUAAAAUUCUUUACCCUGCCUCCCUCCCCUGCCCCAUACCCUCCUCUCCUCUGAUUCGGAGACACUCCGCCGCACUCUUCACUUGAGAGGCAGAUUGGCAUCCCUCCGGAGCCCUCACCAUCAUGUCUGUUCACUGUGUACAGAUGGCAGGCAGAACUUCUGGGGUGCAGUGUUUAAUUGUUAAAAUAGUACCCACGACCAGUCAGCCCCAAACUAGUGCACAAUGCAUGGUACAAGGAAUAUUUAUGUAUUUUGGGAAUUAUAUAAUAUUUACUAAGAGUAUAUGAAAGGAUUGCUACUGUAUCAGAAUACUGUGUUUCUAUUCAGUCUGUCCUGGGUAUGUUACCACCAAUGAAGAGAGCCUUCUACAGAAAGUCACUACAGAUUUUGCUGUUUUACUUUGUACAUGGAUUUUUACUUUUGCCUAAAAGCAUUUAUCCUUCAUACCAGUUAUAACAUCUGACACUAUGUAGAAGCUACAAGUUUAGAGAAAGGGAUGAUAUUCUCCAGAUCUUCCUCAAGUAUUUUAUCUAUAUGAGAAAAACCAGUGGGCACCUGCUACUCUCUAAAUAUGUUGUUUUUUUUUGUAUGUAUUUUGCUCAGUGCCAUUCAUUUGAAACUUUAAUUGCUUUCCUCUUUUAUUUUAAAAAGCUUUUUAGGUCAGCAUAGACCCUGCUGUCUGUAGAUCUUUUGAGUAACACUACAUGAACUGACAUUUUGUUGAUUUAGCUAUAGCAGUACAAUGACUAGUAAUGUAAAAAUUAACACAAAAAUUAACCUAAGGAAUGUAGAGUGGGUUUGUCAAAAUGUCAAGCAGAAUUUUGUUUCUGAAGCCUAUUUAAUAAAUUACGGAUAAUGUAAAGAAGGCAUUAUCCAUUCUAUAUUAAAAAGAUAAAACACAUUACAGCUUUCCCAUUCUACCCCUGUUGACUGUUAAACUUUGGGUAGAGGAUGAUUCACUCCUUUUGGACUAAAUUAUAGUUCUUAUGGUGAGUAAGUAUUUACUGCAGUUUUGCCUAAUCUCCAUCAUUGUACUUCCUUUGCUUAAAUUUUUCUAAAGCCACAUUGAGGAACAGCACUCUGUAUUUUUUUUUUUAAUUGAAGCCCUAAACCAGGAAUGAUUUGUGCUCUAACAAGGGAGGAUGAACUUGGUAAAAAUAAAACAAAGUUUGCUAUGUAUUUAUUCAUUUUUUUAAAAAAAUGUGCUUUCUAAGUCCUGCUCCAAAGACUCUGGUUGUGACUGUAAUGCAUUUUUGGUAAUUUUUUAUAUGUAACUUGUUUAAGGAGUGCUAUUUCUCAUAUGCUGUUUUUGGAAAUUUAAGUAUAUUAUUGCUGUAAAAUGGCAAUGUUUUUCCCCCCUUUGGUGUGUUAACAUUUAUUCAUCACUGGCAUUAUGGAAGCGGCCUAAUUUUUAUAAGCAUAUACUACAUUUUUUAAUCAGUAAUUAGCUUGGUAUAGAAGGAUAAGCUCCACAUUGUAUCCAUUUGGCUCAGGGAGGCUUCUUUGCCUUGCCUUUCUUAGAACUCUUUAUUGCUGAUCAAAAGUUCGGGCACUUCCCUUUUUGUAAUUAAAUAUUGGAUAAUGAUUUAAUCUGGUUCCAAGUAAAGCACUUAGAUUAUCACUGAGAAAUUCUAUAGCAGUAGCUGUAGAAUUUCAGUGGGUGAAAAUGUCAUGUGUGUGCCUGGAUAUAGGCAGCCAUCACCACUUCUCACCUCCUUUCAGAGUAGUAGUAACUUGGCAUUCAGGUGAUACUGAACCUCUCCUCAUGACUCAAAGUAUGAACAAGAUUCAAGAGAAAGGAGAUCUAUUCUUUCAAGUGAGUAGUGGACUAAGUGGUGCACAAUAGAGGGGCUAAUGAGGACAGAGAUACAUUCCUCAAAAUAGAGGGAUGGAAACCACAUUCUGAAAUUCAAUUGUGAAGUAUUUUCACUUUGGAUAUUUAUUCUUUUGUCUUUUUAAAAAUUUAUCUCAUGACUGUACUUGGCUAUCUCUCUGGAUGUCCAAGGAAGAGAGGUCUGUCUAUUAUGAUUUUGAUGUAGAAAGACAACUACUUUAUCAGGGAAGUUAGUUAAGUGAAAUUGAGAUUGGCAAAUGGACAAAAGGUAGUAAAAAGAAGGAUCCCAGAACAUGAUUUUUUCUCCCAUCUUAUACUUGUGGAAAGAUCAUAGCUUAAAAUCUUGGGAGAUUUUAGGGCAUGAAAGUUUUCGUGGGAAUUCAUGUAGUGUAUGAACUGAUAUAACGCAGAUCAUCUGAUAUUCUACAACUACUAAAUCAUUUCCCCCUUUACUUAACCCUUCUGUUCCACUUCAACAAGAUUAGAGUCUGAAUGGAAACUCACUAAUUUCCAAGGAAUUCUGAGAAAUUUUUGUGUUGAACAGUUGGAAAGCUCUUUACUAUUUCAGUUGAUAUAACUUCCUUUAAAAAAAAUUUAGAUGCAGAUUUUCUAUACCCUUUUGCUGUCUUUUAUUAGGAUCAUUGACUUUUGUGGUGAAAAUCGUGUAAGAUUUGAUUUCUUGAUAACUUGGCUUACACAAUUUAUCUUUAAACUCUUGAGCAAUUUGUGUACAAUUAAGAGAUUUCUGACCUUUUAUUCUUACACUAAGUUGAUCAACUUUAGAAUUUAGACAUCUUUAACAUCUGUUGAGUUUUGAAUCUCUCCAGAAUUAUGUAGAUAGCUUUUAUUUCUGUACAUUUAAAAUAUCCAUUUAGAAAAUAUCUACAAGGUAAAAAAUGAGAAGAAAUAGCAAUGUAUUUUUUCAUGAACAUUUUGAUACACAUUUCAUCAAGUUUUUUGAUUAACCAUUUUCUUACACUGGUUAUAAUCAGUAUUUGAUUCAGAGAGGGAAGCAUUCAUUAUUGAUAUACAAAAUAUACGGGCUUUUAAAAUUCCAUCCUUUAUAAAUGAUCAAGAUUGGGGCUAUCAAAAUUAUAUUUUUAUCAUGGAAAAAAUUUCAACUCCCUAAGUCCUAAUGUUGAACAGAAUUGGAAUAUUUUCUUUAGAAUUACUUGAAAAGGCAAAUGAAAGCUUAUUAUAGAAUGCUUGUAUUUUCUUUUCUCUCUCUAGAACCAGUAUAUUGCUGGCAGCUAUUGUAUUAAAAAAAUAAAGUAUAUUUUCACUAUCAUAAAAGGUUCUUUUUUCCCCUCUCAUGAAAAUAAAUAACAGCCUGGGUAAAAGUG